CCCACGAUUGGUUAAAAAUUUGCGCUUGAUCGGUGCACGGGCACACUCGUGUACGUUAAAGUAAGAGGACACCAAUUUUAUUUAUAAGAAGUUUUUGUGUAGGAUGUGUAUAAAAUCAUACGAAAUAUUUUCCUCUAACAAAUAGUAUAUUUAAUGAGUUUUUUAGAAGACAGGCGGCUAUAUUUAUGUGUAUAAAACAACAGGAUUAUAAUGAAGUUAUUAUUAAUUUAUCUUCUUCUUCUACUUACUUUUGUGCAAAUUAUACUAAGUUGGGAACAUAAACAAUUUAUUCCGUUGUAUAAUACGAACUAUGGAUCAAUUUAUGGAAGUAUUGAAGUUGCUAGGACCGGCAGAUUAUUUUACUCCUUCAAAGGGAUUCCAUAUGCUAAACCUCCCAUCAACAACUUAAGAUUUAAGGCUCCUGAACCACCUGAGAAGUGGGAAGGUGUCUUAGACGCUACGCAAGAUGGCCCAGUUUGCAUUCAGAAAAACUACUUCUUUGCAAAUCCCGUAGUUGAAGGACAAGAAGACUGUUUAUAUUUAAAUGUAUACACGCAUAUGCCUGGAUAUCAAAAUUAUCAGGGACAGCUCCUCCCCGUAAUGGUAUUCAUUCACUGGGGUGGUUUCUUUGCUGGAAGAGGAACCAGCGAUUAUCUAGGGCCUGAAUAUUUAUUGGAAAAAGAUGUGGUAUUAGUAACGUUCAAUUAUCGCUUAGGAGUUUUAGGUUUUUUAACAACUCUUGACGAUGAAGCUCCAGGAAAUUACGCGUUUAAAGAUCAGGUGGCGGCUUUAAGAUGGGUCCAGGAAAACAUUCACUUUUUCGGUGGAGACAAAUCAAAGGUCACAAUUUUUGGACAAAGCGCUGGAGGAGGAAGUACACAUCUUCAUAUGAUUAGUCCACUUUCUAAAGGUUUGUUCCGAGGAGUAAUAUCCCAGAGCGGUUCAGCUUUAGCACUUUGGGCAACCCCAUCGAAUGAAGCCCAGAAAACUGUUCUUGCUGCCCAAGCUAAAUUUGUUAAUUGCGACGGUUACAUCGGUAAUAGUUCUAAAAUUAUAGAAUGCUUAAGAAAAGUUCCAGCUCAAGACCUUGUCGAAAGUCAGGAUCUCUUUAAGACAUUUUUUGUAGAUCCAUUGACGGCGUACACAUCAGUUACAGAAACUUUAACUGAGACAAAUCCUGAACCGUUUAUCACAAAAUUACCAAUAGAGUACAUACAAGCAAACGAAUUUAGCCAUGUCCCCUGGAUUAUCGGUGUGGUUCAAGACGAAGGUAUACUAAAAGCGUCAGCACUUCUUCGACAAAGUGUUCAGCGAGAAACCUUGAAUAAUAAUUUUCCCAGAGUUUUAUCAGAUUUACUUCUUCUUUCGGCGAGUACUACAAAUCCACAGAGUUUGUACAACGAUAUAACUGAGUAUUUCCUUAACAACAAAAGUUACGUUGAUGUAUCAGAUGCACAAAGCGUUCAGGGAUUAAUAAAUUUGUAUACUGAUAGGGCGUUUUCAUACUCUACUUACCAGUCAGCUGUUCUUCAAUCCACAAAAGGGCAUCAGCCAAUUUGGUUUUACAACUUUGAUUACAGAGGGUUAUAUUCCUAUGGGAAUCUCUUUUCAGCAACUUUAGAAGAUAUUAACUUUGAUUGGGGUGUAUCCCAUUGCGACGACUUACUAUAUUUAUUUAAUUCUCCUGGAUUGAUACCUCCAUUGGUGGCCGAGAACGAUAUCUGCGUGAGCGAAGUCAUUAUUAACUUAUGGACCAACUUUGCAAUUUACGGGGAUCCCAAUCCGCUUGAGAAUCCAGCUUUGGAAGGCAUAGACUGGAAACCUCUAGAUAUAAAAGAUGAUGAUAAGAAUAAAAAUGAUAAAUUAUGUUUCUUAAAUUUUACUGGUAGUUAUAUCGAUCAAUUCCACGUGACCAACCAGUGCGGUUUCCAUAAGGAUAGAAUGUCAUUCUGGGCAAAACAAGAUUUAUUUGAAAACAUUCCUGGUGUUGAUUAAUGUUGGUGUUUGAUUUUGAUGCAAAUUAUGUUUUUAUAAAUUAUGAAUGUUAUUAAAUUUUAUGUUACAAAACUAUAUUCUUAUGAUGAAAAUGUAAAU